UACUGGACUAAAAGGGAGGGAACAAGUCUUGGCUGUGGUAUUUAACCACCACACCCUUUUCACUUCUCAUAGCUGGAACUCUCCUGGUCAUCGUCUGCUUACUUAGGACAUCUAAGAUGGCUCUGGUAGCUGAAUUCCUGGGUCAGCUGACACUUUUUGCGUCGGCCGAGACCACCUACCCCACCGUGGUUCCUGUAGCUGAUUUUAAUCCAGACAAAGAUGCUGCCAGAAUAGAGACGGCUAUCAAAACUAAAGGUGUGGACAAACAAACCAUUAUCCAGAUCCUAACUAAACGGACAUAUGGACAAAGACGAGAAAUUGCUUUUGCAUAUGAGAGAAGAGCCAAGAAGGAUAUGAUUUCUGCCCUGAAGGGGGCGCUGUCUGGCUCACUUGAGACCGUUAUGUUGGGCCUGAUGAAGAGCACUGCCCAGUAUGACGCUUCUGAGAUUAAUGCCUCCAUAAAGGGUUUAGGAACAGACGAGGAGACCCUGAUCGAGAUCCUCUGCUCUCGAAGCAAUGAGGAGCUGGUGGAGAUUAAGAAAGUCUACAAAGAACUCUUUAAGAAAGACCUGGCGAAGGAUGUGGCUGGAGACACUUCCGGAGAUUUCGCUAAGCUGCUGCUCGCCCUAGUGGAGGCCGAGAGGGAUGAGCCAAGCACUGUAGUCGACUAUGAGAAAAUUGACGAAGACGCCAGAUCACUGUAUGAAGCAGGGGUGAAACGGAAAGGCACUGACGUCAAAACCUGGAUUAGCAUCAUGACUGAGAGGAGCGUCCCUCAUCUGCAGAAAGUAUUUGACAGGUACAAGAGCUACAGCCCCUAUGACAUGCAGGAGAGCAUCAGGAAGGAGGUGAAAGGAGAUCUGGAGAAGUCCUUCCUUACACUCGUCCAGUGCUUUGAAAACAAACAGCUCUACUUUGCCAACAGACUCAAUGAUGCCAUGAAGAGUAAAGGUGCGAAGGAGAAAGUGGUGACGAGGAUCAUGAUCUCACGCUGUGAGGUAGACCUUAAGAAGAUCAGGACUGAGUUCAAGGCCCAGGUUGGAAAGUCUCUGCACCAGACCAUCUCUGAGCACACUAAAGGAGAGUAUCAGCAGGCCCUGCUGGGUUUGUGUGGAGGAGAUGAUUAAAGCUAAGGCAGUUCGCUCCUGUUCCGGGACCCUCCGCUGCUUCUAAACCUGCUCCAUGAGACUCUCGUCUGCUCAGCCCUCGGCCCUGAUGUACUGUCCUAGCUUAUAAUGUAUAUGGAUCAGUCUAUCGCUAACUGGGCUCACAGUGUUCCUUAGAGACCAAAGAGAAACUACCCCCAAUUAUGUCAUGUAUAGACUUCUCAAGUAAUGACUCCUCAAUGCGCAAACCCAGGGAUGGGAUACUCAGAUGAUACUUUAACAGCUGAAGUUACGUUAUCCAAAAAGUAUUUCUGUACCCCUGUAAAGCAACAACGUUGUAUUAAACUGUGCCACAGUUGACCUUU